AUGGCCGAAUCGCCACGCGGGAUCGACCAUGUCGAUUCCAUGGACUCCAACGACUCGUCCCCGAAGCAGCCGGAGAAGAAGAAGAGCCGUCGCCCUGCGAACACGGCCUUUAGGCAGCAGCGGUUGAAAGCCUGGCAGUAUGAAUCCAUUUCCAUCUUCCUUCCCCAAGUCAUUUUCCGCGCGGGACGUGCUGACCCUCGUGUGUGUUUCAGGCCUAUCCUUACCCCCAAGACUGUCCUGCCUCUGUUCUUCAUCAUUGGAAUCAUCUUCGCUCCCAUCGGUGGCCUUCUGUACUACGCCAGUACUCAGGUAUACAUCUUCCUCUUCUCUCUCUCUCUCUCUCUCUCUCUUCUCUCUCUUCUCUCUCUUCUCUCUCUUCUCUCUCUUCUCUCUCUUCUCUCUUCUGUUCAAGAGAUUCGCCUCGACUAUACCGACUGCGUGAGCGAUGCCCCCGCCUACGCCGGAGGCUCCGGAUUCGAGAGCAUGCCGUCGUCCAAGAUCGAAAAGGCCUUCAAGUCGAGCAACAAGUCCGUCGAUGCCCGCUGGGCCCAGCGGACCGGUGUCAAGACCAACCUCAGCAACGGCGUCGAGGUCACCACGGACCGGUGCUACCUGCGCUUCAACAUCCCGGAGAGCAUGGGUCCUCCCGUCCUCUUCUACUACUUCAUGACCAACUUCUACCAGAACCACCGUCGCUACGUCGCCUCGUUCGACGCCGACCAGCUCAAGGGCGACGCCCGCACGUACGAUGAGAUCAAGGACUCGGACUGCGACCCCCUCGAGGUCAACAAAGACGAGAAGAAGCCCUACUACCCCUGCGGCCUCAUCGCCAACUCCCUCUUCAACGACACCUUCUCCAGUCCCGUCCUGCAGAACCCCCCGGGCGCCGAGGGCAACGAGACCGAGACGUACGUCAUGACCCAGGAAGGCAUCGCCUGGGACACGGACCGCGAGCUCUACGGCAAGACGUCCUACAGCAACGACGAGAUCCUCCCCCCUCCCAACUGGGCCAAGCGCUACCCGGACGGCUACACUGACGACAACCCCCCUCCCGACCUGGUCAACUGGGAGAGCUUCCACGUCUGGAUGCGCACCGCCGGUCUGCCCACCUUCUCCAAGCUGUACCAGCGCAACGACACGGAUGCGAUGAAGGAGGGCGAGUACGAGAUCAUUAUCGAAGACUUCUUCCCUUCAAAGGAGUACGACGGUACAAAGUCGAUCCUCAUCAGCACCCGCACCGUCAUGGGUGGUCGUAACAACUUCCUCGGAAUCGCCUACAUCGUCGUCGGCGGCGUCUGCAUCCUCCUCGGCACCAUCUUCACCGCCACCCACCUGGUCAAGCCCAGGAAGCUCGGCGACCACACUUACCUCUCGUGGAACAAUGUCCCGGCCAAUAAGCAGCAGAACCCCCCUACUGCCGUGGCGUCCGGCCGCUCGAUCCCCGGCGAAGCCUAG